CACAUGAACAGACGCCAUUUUUCAGUCGGACUGGAUCUCAAAUGAGUCCAUUAUUUACAAUAUAAUAUUGUUUUUCAUGUCACUUAACAGAUGUAGAAGUACGUGAAGGUAUGUCUCCCUUGACUGAAAUUCCCUGUCAGAAAAGGCCAAGAUGGCUUCAUGUCUUCGCUUUGUUCAACCUUAUGUCAGUAUUCAACGUGCUUUUUGUCAGUGGAGACGUUAAAGUGAAUCAGGGAAAUGAGUCUAUAUUAUUUUACCUGGACAGAAUGGCUACCUUUGGUCCGGAGCUGUCAGAAACAGGACUUACAGGAUACCUAAUAUCUGUAGGUCCAGUUGUCAACAAGUCCUCUUGUACAGACUACAAGCCAGGCAUUCCCAACAAUGACACCUCCAAGGUCUGGAUUGCUCUCAUACGGAGGAAUGGCUGUAAAUUUGAUGACAUGGUGCUAAAUGCUCAGAAACUGGGCUACCAGGGAGUGAUCAUCCAAAAUCAUUUCAAAGAUGACAGUCUUGUUGCUAUGGGCGGAGAUUCUCAUAUGUAUGAUGUGACUAUUCCCUCAGUAUUUGUUGGCUGGACCAGUGGAUAUGAGAUUGGCAAGAAAUACUGCUAUCAGUGCUCAUUCUCCAAUUACACAAUCACCAUCAACAACAACUCACCACAAGACUUCAAGUCCUACAUCUUGUGGCCUUUCGCUAUCGUUGUUGGGACCUGUUUCAUCCUCAUGCUUUCCUUCAUGAUAUUUAAGUGGUGUAGAGACAUCAGCAAAAGAAAAAAGUCUAGACUUUCAACAAAGGUGCUGAAGAAAAUUCCAACAAAGAAGUUUAAGAAAGGUGAUGACUAUGAUGUGUGUGCUAUCUGCCUGGAUGACUACGAGGAAGGAGACAAACUUAGAAUCCUGCCCUGUUCUCAUGCAUACCACUGUGUGUGUAUUGAUCCAUGGCUGACAAAAAACAAGAAAACUUGUCCAGUGUGUAAGAGGAAAGUCAUUCCUGGAAGUAAUCCAGACUCUGAUUCGGACUCGGACGAGGAUAAUGGAAACCAGUCUACAUCAGAGAGAACUCCCCUCCUUGGAAACAACAAUAACACAAGACCUGCCAGGAGGUCCACGUUUGAUAAUUCUGGGUUACCAGAGACAAUGCGACCAAUGCUGAGGACUGUUAAUGAGGUGAACCCUGACUCUAGUGAUAGCGAUUCUGACUCUGAGGAGGACGACAACAUGCCACGACCAAUGAUUCACUCACAGGAAAAUGUCGUGAACAGAGCAGUGGUAAAUCGCGGCUACUUCAAGUCGAGCGAUGAAGAGGAUGAUGAGGACGAACAAGUCAGUGAUGGUGACACUCACAGACAAAACCAAGAGUCCGAGGUUGUUGAGGAAAACAGACAGGGAAUUAUUGCUAAUGUUUCAAUAGUUAAUGUGGACCAAACAUCAGAAUCCAGGACUGUAAAUCAUGUCGUGUGAUUGUUUUCUGGUUGUGUCCAGAUCAGGAUUCAAGUUGUUAUGAAGACUUUAAAAUAGAAACUUAAUAGGAAUAUGUGUAGAAGAUGUAUUCCGGAUACCAAUAUCCUCAAAACUUUAAGGCUGUGAAUGAAAUUAUUAAGUCAGAUUUAUGUCUUUAGAAGAAAAGGGGUUUGCCACUACUUUUCUUUACUCCCUCAGAACAUGUCAUGACAAAAGUUGAAGGUAUUGUAUGUGCCACCUUGCAGGUGAUGUCAUUUGUCUGGAAACUAUUCAGGAAUGAUGCAUAUCUGUGAUCUUCAUUAAGAUAGAGUCAAUUACAAACCAACCUGACAGCGAAUUGGGUGGCUUUAAUAUCAAUGAUACACCUUUAUAAUAUCUAGAGGAAAAGUAUCAGUUUUAGUGAUUGGUCAGUCAUGUUUUGACUCUAUCCAAUCAAAUCUUGUAACCGUGCGUGAGCCUUCAAUAUUUUUCGUGACACAUUCAAAGGGGCAUUAAACUAGAUUAUGUAUUGAAGUGGAACCCUUGAAUUUUAAAAAGAUGGAUGCAUGGAGAUGUGUAUAAAACUUUUUGUCAUGUAUUGCAAAAAGUGUCAAUUAAAUUUGGGAAAGAGUCAAAGAAGCAUUGAUGAUGUUACAGUAGUUCCAGAAAUGUGUGAAGGUCAAAACACAGGUCAGAUUUAAAGUUGUAGGUCAAGGUCAUUGACGAAAAAAUUAGAGCUUAAUCAAACUGCCAGGGUAAUUUCUCAUACUGUAAGUCAGGAUAUUUUCACAUGCUGUCCGCCAAGGUAAUUUCAAAAGUAUAUAUUUGACCAAUUUGCCUCGUCCAAGAAGAAGAAAUGCAACAUAAAACAAGAUGUGCUUCGAAAGCCAGCAGACACUUUUCAGAAAGCCACUGGUAAACUUUCUUGUUUUAUAGCAAUAGACGGAGGUUGAUUGUGAUCAACUAUUUUUGUUUUCGCAGUACAGGAAGGAAAUUUUGCACACUUCUAAAACCAUGGUAGUAUGAAAGUACCAGUUUAACAAUGGUUUUAACAUUGAAGUUAUUAUGAAAUUAAAAUUAUCAACAUUAUUGUUAUUUUUAAUUGGUGCAAUGGCCUUGACUUUGACUAAUCCAUGUUAUUACUGACCUUGACCUUGGUCAUUGUUACAAACUGUGGAAAUGUUUUUGUGUAUGGAGAUAGCUUAUGUCCCUAUUAGUUUCAAAUAAAUGUUAUGAAGUCAUUUAAAUGUGAUUUAAUAAAAAUACAAGACCAAACAUUUUUAAGCAGGUAAAUCAUAUACCUGUUGAUUAUUUUCAUUUCAAUUGAUUUCAUAAAAUCAUGUUUGGUAAAAACCAAAAACGGAUUCUAUUAAUUUAAGAUAAAGAAGGUAAGCAACCUUUUAGUAUAAAUAUGACUUUUACAAUUUCGGGUUUCCAGAUAUCUUAUUGAUAACAAAAAUCCAAAAAAGUUGUUGAGAGAUAGCUAAUGAUGAAUUUGUGUAUGAAUUGAGAUUAUAUAAAAUUUUCUGUAUUUGAUAUUAUUAAGUUGUCACGUCUUAACUAAAUACAAACUUUCACCUGUGAUUUUUAUAUAUACGAAUGAACAGUAUGUUUGAUGUUAACUUCUUUUGGAAUUGUCUUUUCCUCCUCUCCAUUGCAGUUGCAUGAAAAUUUAUUGUAUAUCAGAAUUCUUUUUGAAACUUUUUAAAACUCUUUUAAUGUUUUCAUGUUAAGAAAUGUAUCAUACUACGCUUCAUAUGGUACACUUCUGCACAUAAUAUAUUAUCAAACAUUAUGCCUGCUAUCUGCUAUCAUAAAACUUUAUUCUUUUUCACUUAAAAUGUUACGCAGAAUUUGAUUGGUUAGUAGAAAUAGAUUAUCAUAUAACAACAAUAUACCAUCUCAUUUUGACUUCCGUCGAAAUAGUGAUUGUUAGUUUGUAUCAAUAACUUUGACAUAUUAGGAAUUUAGGUCACAAAAAAGUCUGACCUUAAAGGUCAACAAAUUCUGCCUCACUUUGAAAAUUACAGUUGUCACUAAUCCACAUGUAACUUAACUCAGACUUCUAAAAAAUGCACAACCAAAAUAUUUCAGUUUUGUCUGUACAUGAUGAUCUUUGUAAGCCGGUAUCUGAGCAAAGCUCUUUAAUGACAGAUGGGUAUAUAUGUCAACAUGAAGAUGGAACAGUUACCUCCCUUCAGGUAAUAAUUAUACCUUAAAAUUUGAUGGUCAGCAAAACUGGAACCAGUAAUAGGGUUUAUCAGAAUGAACAAUAACCAGGUUAAAUAAGAAAAAAAUUCAUGUGAUAUACGACCACAGAAUUAGAUUGACUUGGCUCCAAAACAUAUCAUACCUUCAGAUAUUUCUUUACAAGCAUUUGUUCUGGAAAGAGAUGGUUUACACCAGGCCCUGACUGUUUAUUUUCAAGGCCACUUUUCCUAGUUGGUGCAUAUUUUAAAAAUUCAUCAGGUUUGAUUUACAUAGAUUUUGGCUGAACGUGUAUUUUCCAGACUGCUUUCUCAGUCAGUGUACAGAUCUUUCUUUAAAUUUACGGGUUUCUUUUGCAGUGAGCUUAUGCUAAUUGAUACGUUUCAUUUUAGAUAUGUUAUGCUGCAAGAGUGGUUAGAUCUAAAUCUGAACUCUUUAAAUUUUAUAGAAAUUGUGUAAGAAACAAAUUCCUGGUGAUUUAAAUCGAUGUACAUGCUGUAUGUGUAAAUUAUCAAGAUGUAUAUAGUGACAGUAAUUUGAACAUGACUUAUAGUGCUUUAUUUAAUAUUUUACUUCAUGUACAGUACAAUGUAUACGAGAUGAAUGAAUUUUCCCCCCAAUAUUUAUUCUGUUAUUGAAUUAUUAUUUUUUUUUUUUUUUUUUUAUUAUUAUUGUUUUUAAAUAUGUUUAGCAUUUGAUAUAUAAUAAAGUUCAACUAUUCAGUAAAAGUAUCUAAAUUUAUGUUAAUUCUUUCAUGGGAUAGAAUUAUAUAGGCCUUUGUGACUUCACAGGAUACAUAUUGGUCCAAUUUAGAUAGGUCGAAGUAUGUAGGUCUUUGACUUCACAGGAUAUCGUAAUUGCGUAUGUGAAAUUUAUCAUGGUGUAAAAUAGAAAUCAUUUGAGUUCAGACAAGUACCCUGGUACAAAGGCCUCUCAGCUUUUCAAAGGUAAGAUACAAUACUUCUUGGCUCUGGAGUACACAAAUUCAUGUUUAAUUUAAAUGAAAUUUUCAUGCCUGAUGUUCAUCAGCAAUUAAAUGGAAAUACUCAUUUGGGAUUGUACUUUCCUUCUGAAUAAAUGAAGAUUUUAAUGGUAUGUACCGGUAUAUAUUCCCAACAAGUCAGUUUUUAUCUUCGAGAUAUCUGUAUUAUGUAUUGUUUUAGGAAAGUUGUAAUAGGCUUGAAAUAUUUACUAGUUACCAGAUGGUUUGGUAGUCGUAUCCAUCAGGUUAGUAAUUAAGUUAUUUGGGUUUGAAGAAUUUCAUGCAAUACCAUUUCAUAUAGAAAAGAUUUUUCUAGAUUAAUUUUAAAAAUCAAAAUUGUAAAACAUUAAAAUCCACCAAGAGAGUGGAUGAUUUAUUUACCCGGUAGAUACAUCAUGGUCAUUCCAAUGGGCAGAUAUAUGUGUUGUCAUUCUAUCUUAAUUGAUUGGAAGAGAGCUGAUAAAAAAUGUGAAAUUUGUGUUAAGUGAUUUCACUGUAUGUUGCAAGUAACUGGAAAUAAAUUGAUAUCCAUUGUUUUCAUUCUUCUAAGCAUACAUUACAAGCCAAUAUAUUUUACACAAUUUUUCAUCUAAAUAUGAAGUGAAUAAAUUUUAUAUACCCAU